AUGAUAAAAGGAGGAGAAGAGAUUACAUUUAAAGAUGUGUUUAGAAUAAUGGUCAUUAGAAGACACAUCUUUGGGGCAUUGUGUAGUGGUCGUGAUUGGGUAUUGACAGAACAAGACAAAAGAAAAUUAAGUGCAAUCGACCCUCUAGAACCAAGCAAUAGCAAGAGAAUAGAAACUCUAAGAAAGAGAAUACAAUAUAAAGGAAGAGAGAUUAAUGUAGAUGUACAAGAAAACUAUGACAUGAUUGCAAAGUUUGCAAUGCCAUACGACUAUAUCAAGCAUUAUCUACCGAGUACAAUGUAUCCUAUCAAAGAUUGGUAUGAUGAUGUGAAUGAACAUUUUCAAGUGUAUCAUAGAACAUUGGCAAUUGAUAGAUACGUACAACACCCAAAUGCAACAUUGGAUACAUUAAAGAAACUAAUCGAUUGGCAUCCAAGUUUUAAACCAUCAAAUGUAUCGGUUGAAAAGGCUGCUUUACACGGUCACAUUGAAAUCAUUCAAUACCUUGACACCUACUAUCCUCUUCAUCACUACACCCAGACAACAUUUGAAAAUGCUUCAAAGAGUGGAUGUUUGGAAUUGGUCAAGUUCCUACACCAAAGUAAACGAAGUCUUGGAGCAACGUCCAAGGCAUUAGAUGGUGCUACUGCGAACGGACACUUACACGUGGUACAGUGGCUAUAUGAAAAUAGAAAGGAGGGAUGGUCAGAUCAAGCAAUUGAAUUGGCAUGUCGAAAUGAUCACCUCGAUAUCAUUCAAUGGUUAUACCAACACGGGUGCAGACCGUCAUCCAAUGCAUUUGAUAGUCUAUGUGCCAGUGGGAGUUUGGAGAGUAUUAAAUACUUGCAUUUUGAAUGUAAAGUAAAAUGUAGUACAAGUGCAAUGGACUUUGCCUCUGCCAAUAACAGACUAUCAACUGUACAGUUUCUACAUCAAUAUCGUAAAGAAGGUGUAUCAUCAGCUGCAAUGACAUGGGCUGCAUCAGCAGGACACUUUGAAAUGGUCAAGUGGUUACACGCCAACAUUAAAUCAAGACGUGUCAUUAAAGAGGCUAUGGAUGGGGCAGCGGAAGCAGGAUACGAAGAUAUUGUUAGAUUCCUUCACGUUAAUCGAACUGAAGGGUGUAGUACACAAGCCAUGAAUUCUGCAGCGAGAAAUGGUCACCUUCAAAUUGUCCAAUUCCUUCAUUUCAACAGGACUGAAGGAUGCACUUUCCAUGCUAUCAAUUCAGCCGCAAAGAAUGGCCAUCUCAAUGUCUUGGAAUUCCUUUUUCUCAAUAGAAAGGAGGGAUGUAAUCAUUUGGCUAUGGAUGGUGCAGCAGAAAACAACCAUACAGAGGUAUUAGAAUGGUUACACAAAAACUACAGCAACCAAGGAUACAAAGAUGCUUUAAAAUUGGCGACAAAGAAUGGUCACUUACGUGUACUCAAGUGGUUUGUCGGUAAAUACAAUCUAAAACUAUCCAAACAAAUACUUGAAUCGUUAGCCGAACUUGCCUCUGAACAAGGUCAUCUUAAAGUGUUAAAAUGGUUAUUUGGUCAGAUGGUUGGAAAGAAUUCAAUUGGGUCGUGGAGUAUUACCAAAUGUAUCACUCGAGCUUCGAUUGGUGGGCAAUUGGACGUUCUCAAAUGGUUGUAUGAUAUUAAAUCUAUUAGACCACACUUUAAUUUUGUGUCGUUGGAAGAUGCAUCUUAUUUUGGACGAUUUUCAGUGAUACGUUGGAUGAUCAACCAACUGAAACUCUCCAAUUUCAGUGCCAAAGCAAUACAAGAGCUAGCAAACAAAUCAUCGGUUGCCAAUCGACCCGAACAAGUUGUAUUCUUUAUACUCGCACUUGAAAGACACCCCAGUCCCUUUUACGCCGGUCAAUUGUUUGAUUCAUCCAAAUGGGCCUUACAAAAUGGUUAUUGGGACAUUGAGAGGCUUGUCAAUCAAUUUCAAGACUUGUCCUAUCGCUACCAAGUAUGGGGUCGUCCAUACAGUAUAGAACGAUCAUAUUGCAUCUUGUUUGUAUUAUCUGCUAUACUUUCAAUCAUUCAUAUCGCAUUUAAAUAUUUCACUAGACAAGGACAAGAGGGAGAGAUUUACUCUUAUCUUCAUAUUUUCAUUCUAUUUUUUGUUCCAUUCUUUUUUGCUACUAGAAUUUGGUCUAUUAAAUAA